AUGACUAUUAAAGGCGGUGUACAGAAACCUACAGCUCGAUCGAAACCGGCUGGCGAAAGCCAUUUUGACGUUGGUAACUUAGCUGCUGCUGCUGUUGCUCAUUCUUCAAAGCAAGAAGUUGACCAACACGAUGCCAUCGCAUUAUUGAAGAAUGCUGGAGUAGAGGUUAAUUCGGUGGUAGGUCCAACUGCAUCCUCUGGACCCCCAAGACCGACUACCACUCAAAGAACCUCCUCCAGUGGUAAAAAGGUGGUCAACACCAAACGUGCUGAGCAAAAUAGAAAGGCGCAACAGGUAUUCCGAAAGAAGAGGGAAGAACAGUUUCAAGAACUGGAGAAGAAGGCUCAAUUAGUGGAUCAUUACAGAGACAUUAUCCAAAAUCUCAAAAAUGAAAUAAUGACUCUCAGGGAUUACACUUUAACGUUGCAGAGCAAGCUAAUUGAGCACGGAGAUAACACUAUCGGGUCUAACAACAGCAGUCUCUCGGCCGUCCUCUCCAGGUCUUACCUGGGAAAGCUCAAUAGUUUGGGGAACUUGGGAAAAGAAGAGGAGCAGGAUUCUAACAAAAACGGAGAAAUCAAGGAGGAGACUCUCGGCCUGAUAAAUUAA